UCGUCAAAAUAAAGCAGUCUGGCGGCGAGCGCUGUCAUAUCCACACCUCCGAGUGAUUAUUAUCGAAACAUCCAAUAAUCAACCCCGUGUGUUCGCGAAUUCAAAAAGUGAGAAAAAUUUUCCGAACGCGCAACCGCAGAGCUCUCGCGAAAAUCUCUCGCGAAAUUCCAGUACGCAAUCUCCGAGGCAGCAUCUCGAGGGCUGUUCCACACCCUUGUGCUCAUUUUCUCCCCCAGCGUCUUUCAGUUCAGCUAACUUUAUUUCAUUUUUACAAUUGUAGUUAAGUGUUUUCCCUCAAUUACUUUAUUGCAUACUUAUUACGCAUCAAAAAUAACAAAGAAACAUUAACAUCGAUAUCGAUAAAACCUACCAUCGAUCUGACGUCUGAUGCUUCUUGUCUCAUGCGGCCAGAUUUAAUGGAGUGAUUUCCCCUUACCUCUAUGCGGAAGUUAAUAAACGCAAAUUGUUUUUCAAAAUACUCGAGUUUUAUUAUCGUUAUUAUAAUAUCGCCGUGACUCGCUGCUAUUAAGAAAGUGAUAGUGAACUUGGCUGAAGCUAUUGACACUAAUAAGGAAAUUAGUAAACGUCAUAAGGAUGGAUUUCAAGUUCAACGUAAAUAGACUAUUACCGAGAAAGAUCAACAAGGUCACUCAUACACUAAUACCUGAAGAUUUUCGUGGUGAUCGACGAGAAUAUAAUGAGUCGCAAAGACAGAUCUCAAGGAUUUUGGAUGAUAUGGGUGAAGCAUCGGCGAUGGCUCAAGGCUUAAGCAAACCGAUAACAAGUGCUCUCAAAUUGCGCGAUACCGAUCACAUUGUCUAUCUCUUGGUAGAUAGCGCAGGAAACGAGGGCCUUGGAAGCGUCGUGGGAUUGCUCAAGACCGGAUCGAAAAACCUUUUCAUGUUCGACGAAGCCGGUGCGUACUUCCAGUUGCAGCCACGUUGUAUUCUUGAUUUUUAUGUUCAUGAGUCCAAACAGCGCAUGGGAUUUGGAAAAGACCUGUAUGAAUUCAUGCUGGCUGAAGAAAGAAUUCGGCCAGUUAAAUUAGCAAUCGACAGACCCUCGGAUAAAUUCUUGCGUUUUCUUCGACGCCAUUACGAUCUCGAAGAAGUUAUUCCUCAGAAUAAUAAAUUCGUCGUUUUCCGGGGAUUUUUUGAUACUGAAAAUCAAGAAGUUGGUAUCACGAGGUAUAGCUUACCUUCGAGAGGCUCCGUCGAUUAUUCGUAUAACAACAACAAUAACAAUAACAGCAAGCCUUCGUCUGCUUCAAGUAAUGGCCACUCGAUGAAUCAUUCAAAUUCAGCGCAUUCAGGAGCACCGAGAAGCUCUUAUGGACGUUAUGCAGCUGCGAGGCCUCCUUGCUCAAUGGCUAAUAUAAUACAUAAUGCCCCAGUGUUUGGCCACGCAGCCGAACGUACCGGUGAUAUCCCGUCAACACCAGGACCAAAAUUGGAACGUCCACGUUCAUUAAGUCUCUACUCAGAACUAGAACAAAAGCAACGUAACCACGAAAUGGCGACUGUACCGACACCAGCUGCAGAACCGCAUUGUACGCCAUUUGUUCGUGAAGUUCAAAUUGAUCACCCACCAGCGCCACAAAGAGAUAGAGAAACUUACGUUCCAGUGCGUCAUAAUUAUGAAUCCGAGCAAUCAGAACCUCCAACACCUCAAACAACACCCAACAGACGCCCAAUGUCUCAAAGAAUGACCUCAGAUGAACGUUCUAUCAAUCACUUAUCAUCAAAUGAGCGCCCUAUCACCCAAGGGUCGUCUAAUGAAGCUCCAAUGAACCAAACAUCCAACGAACGUCCAGGAACUCAAUCUUCAAGCUAUGAGUCGCUGCCCAGAGAACGUCCAAUGAGUCAUUCAGGAUCUAACCAACGUCCUAUUUCAAAAUCCCGGUCUACUGACCGAUCUAUGACUCAAUCAGCAGCUCCAAGUGGUCGUCAAACUCCUCAGCCCAAGAAAAACUCAACUCAGAAUUUCAUGUCCAUUCAUUCUGAGGAAAAAUCCCCAGCGGGUAUCAAGACGACGCCAUCUUGUGCUUCAGAAGUCAACGGGAAUCAAAAUGGCCACUUGGAUCUUAAAUUCUAUCACUCGCCGCUUUGGUAGAUUGAUUUAUCACCGAGAUUAUAGGACUAAAACUUAAAAUAAACGUAAUAAGUAGAUUAAUUAUUAAAUACUAAACUCGUAAAUGUGUGAAGGUUUACCGCGAGAUAUAGUCAAUGAUUGUCAUCGGGUGGUUACUUUUUUGGUAAUGGAUUUUGAUUGUUUAAUGAUUAAAAAUAUCGUCAACUCAGGCUGUGCUGGCUCUUUUAAUACUUAAAUAUAUAGUUAUUUUCUAAUGUUUAAUCUUUAUUUUUUUUUCCAGCUAAUUUGUUAUCUAAUCAGUACUCACUUAAAUUAGCACAAGGCACCUCUAGACGGGGCACAAAUGCUAGAUAUUUUUUUAAAAAUAUACUUAUAUUGCUUAGAUUGUAUUCAUUAUUUAUCAAUUGUUAACUAUUGAUUUUCAUAACUUCAUUAGAAUUUUAAUUAAUUAAUUAAUUAUUUAUGUGUAUUUAUAUUUAGAACCAUUGUAUCGAGUACAAAACCACCUUAGAUUUAAUAUAAUGGCAUUUAUUUAUAAUAUCUGUAUUUUAUUAAAUAAAAUAAUA